GCAACAGGCUCUGGCCUGCCUGUGGCGGGCGCACCUACCUACCCAGCCAGCACCUAGGUAGCACCUAGUGCAGCAGCCUCCUGCCCUACAAAUCCACCCAGCACACCGCGUGCAGCGCACACCCACGCACGCACGUGGAGCCGCUUCCAGAGCUUCCAGAACAUUCGCGCCUAGGCGGUCCCGUUCCCCCUCGUCUCGUCUUUGAACUCCAUUCCUCACGUAAAAUAUGGCAUGAUGAUUGAUGGUCGAGAACCCACGACAGCAACACCAUCAUCCGUGUACUCGGUCUGAUGGACCGCGGUGUGCUGGCUUGGCCCUGUCCCUGCACACGCGCGCGCUGCUGGACGCUGCUGCGUAGGGAGGUAGGUAGCUAGGUGGCUCGCCUCUUGCCUCGAGACUACUAGGCACAUAGCAACCGAUGCGAUGGAUGGACAAGCGGGCAGCGAGCAGCGAGCAACAAGCGGGCAAGCAGGCGUCGGUGUCGGUGUCGGAGCCAAAGCCAGUCGCGCGCGGUGCGGCCGAGCCUUGGAGCAGCCACCCAUGGCACGAAGGCACAAACGCAAACACAAACGCACGCACACACUCCCACACCGACCGCACCCACGUUUCUGCGCACCGCCGAACCGAACGGGAGGGGCAAGCAAAGGGCAAGCAAAGGGCAAAGGGGAGGGAGGCAGAGCGGUCAAUCGGCCAUCUUGCGGAGCGGCUUAGGGCUGGCUGUCCCCUCCCAUCCACAUCCAUCCAUCAUGACACAACGCAAACGCCCGUUCACGGUUCACGCAGCAGUAGCACGCACGCAGGGACCCGCCCACGGCCGCACUGCUCCAGUGCUCGCACACCUGCUAUCGUUCGUUCGUUCAUUCGUUCGUUCGUUCGUUUUCGCUCAUUUCGCGCGCUCGCGCGAGCGCACCGAAGCUCGCACGUGUGUGCGCUCUCUCGUCUGUCGCGGAGUAAAACGUCAAGGAGCGAAGGAAGGGGACCAUGCGUGUCCGGGCGGCGUGCGUAGGUGAGUGAGGCUCUUACGCUCGGACGCCGGCGCGUGAGGGGUUGCGCUUGCGCGCGGUGGGUGCGUGGGGUGGCGCCACGCAGGGCGGGCACGAAGGCCAUGGUGCGGCGUUGGCGAGAUGUCGAGGACGAGGGGCCCGGUAGGGCG